AUGGGCUGGUCGACAGUGAAGCAAAGGCUGGAAUGCCCCAAGGAUAAAGAUGCACGCUACGACAACACGUCAUGGUGCAACCGAGACCUGAUUCCCAUCCCUCUGGACCGUCGCACCUAUGGCAUAUGGUCCUAUGUUGGAUACUGGACAGUCUCCGGCUCCAACAUCUCUGCGUGGUCCAUCGGUAGCACCCUCCUGGCCUUUGGCCUGAGUCCGCAGCAGGCUAUUGGUGUAGUCGUUCUCGGAGGGCUCCUUACGGGAGUCCUGGCCGUUGCCUGCGGCUGGAUGGGCGCAAACCAUCACAUCGGCUUCACCGUCUCCAGUCGCUUCUCCUGGGGCAUGCGGGGCUCGUACUUUCCCGUGCUGUUGCGCGUCUUCCUCGCUUGCAUCUGGUUCGGCAUACAAGCCUUCUGGGGCGGCCAAGCAACCCGAGUCGCCAUUGGCGCCCUCAUUCCGGGGUUCGCUCAUAUGCCUAAUUCCUUUUCGCCAAGCUCUCACCUCCAGACGAAUGAUUUCAUCGGCCUCGUCAUCUGGCUCUCCCUCUUCGUUCCCGGCAUCUUGAUCAAACCCGAGCGGUUGCAGAUUCCCUUCGUCAUCUGCUUUUUCCUCUUUUGCAGUUGCUGCGUGGGCCUGCUCAUAUGGUGUGCUACCCCCACGCUCAUCAUCCGCCUCCUCUUCCACCAACCGGCCAUGGCACCAAAUGUCGGCUGGGCCUUCAUGUUCGGCAUUACCUCUGUCCUCGGUGCUUGGGGCGGCGGAACCAUCGGUCAAUCUGACUGGACUCGAUAUGCGAAGACGAGGCAUUCUCCAACUCCUUCCCAGCUCAUUGCAUCGCCCGUGACGAUAUCCGUAACUGCCGUGCUUGGCAUCAUCGUCACCAGUGCGGCAGUUGAUGUCCUGGGUGGAGGCAUUAUUUGGAACCCCAUCAUGCUCCUCGCCGCCAUACAGGAUUAUUACGAGUCCAGCUCGGCCGCUCGAGCCGGCGUCUUCUUCGCCGGACUUGGACUGGUUGCCUCCCAGCUUUCGAUCUCCGUAGUCUUGAACUCAAUAUCUUGCGGCAUGGACAUGGCCGGGCUUUGGCCCAAGUAUAUCAACAUCAGGCGCGGUGCAUACAUCAUGGCCAUAAUCGGCAUCGCCAUUCAACCGUGGCAGCUCUUGUCCACCGCUACCAAGUUCCUCUCCGUCAUGGGUGGCUUUGGUGUGUUCCUGGCUCCUGCCACCGGCAUCUUGCUGGCAGAUUAUCACCUCGUCCGACGACACAAACUCAAAAUUAGCCAUUUGUACAUCGGAGACAGUGCUUCCAUUUACUGGUUCGACCACGGCUUCAACUGGCGCUCGUUCCUCACUUUCGGCAUGGCCUCGUGGCCCUUGCUGCCCGGCCUCGUUGCCACCGUAAACAAGACCAAAGACGACACCGACGAAAGGUAUGACGGCUGGGUCCGCCUCUACAACUUGACAUUCCUCGUCGGCCUCGUCAUGGCCUUCGUCCUGUUCUACACACUCAACCUGCUGUUUCCCGUGAGGGGCCUGGGUGAAGAAUCCCCCUUUCUUGACAGUAUUUCUGCCUCGGGGGGUCAGUCUCAGGGCAGCUUGACUGGAGCCGACCUAGAAUCAGACAAGAUUCAAGCGGAAGUAUCGGUGUCGCAGCAAUAUUGA